AUGCCACGACGAUAUCGACCAAGUUUUGAGGCCGUCAACUCUUUUACGCCCAACAUGACCACCGAAGUUGCAGUCAGGACCUUCUUCCAGUCCCCAUUGUUUGCCGUAGUAGGCGCCUCGUCAAACCCGGCCAAGUAUGGGCACAAGAUCUUUGCGUGGUAUCUGAACCACAACAUCCCCGCAACGCCGGUCAACCCGACUUCGCCGACUGUCGAUGCCCUGGGGAAGUCGCACGCCACUGUGCCGAACCUGGCCGCGCUUCCCAAGCCCAAGGAGACGUCCGUGUCCAUCAUCACCCCGCCCGCCGCCACGCUCAAGGUGCUGCGGGAGGCGCGCGAGCUGGGCGUCCCCGCCGUGUGGCUUCAACCGGGCACUUUUGACGACGAGGUCAUACGUUUUGCACGGGAGGAAGGUGCGUUUCAGGCCGUGGUUGCCGGGGAUGGUGGGAGAGGCGGCGAGGGCUGGUGUGUCCUUGUCGAUGGCGAGAGGGGGCUCAAGGCCGUUGGUAAGCUGUGA